AUGUCUGGCCGCGGCAAGCAGGGCGGCAAGGCUCGCGCCAAGGCCAAGACCCGCUCCUCCCGGGCCGGCCUGCAGUUCCCCGUGGGCCGCGUUCACCGUCUGCUGCGCAAGGGAAACUACUCGGAGCGUGUGGGCGCCGGCGCCCCGGUGUACCUGGCGGCCGUCCUGGAGUACCUGACGGCCGAAAUUCUGGAGCUGGCGGGCAAUGCGGCGAGGGAUAACAAGAAGACGCGCAUCAUCCCGCGCCACCUGCAGCUGGCCAUCCGCAACGAUGAGGAGCUCAACAAGCUGCUGGGCCGCGUGACCAUCGCGCAGGGCGGCGUUCUGCCCAACAUCCAGGCCGUGCUGCUGCCCAAGAAGACCGAGAGCCACCACAAGCCUAAGGGAAAGUAAACCAGUGAGCGAAGCGUUUUUAUCUUUGAAAGACCAAAGGCUCUUUUCAGAGCCACCACUUGUUCAUGUAAGAGUUGGUAACCAAACCCUGGUUUUACCUACUUUGUUGCAAGCCCAUAUCAAUCUUAGAAGCAUCAAACUAAUUCUGUUUGCUGGUUGGGCUAAAUCUUUAGCUGGUUUGUGGUUCCCGCAGAGAAAUUAUUGGGUAUCGCAGAAACAUGGCAGGUUUUUAUUUUUAUAGUCCGUUCUUGCAGUACUUUACCUAGUAUUUCUCAGUAGCAGCAGACUUAACGUCUGGGAUUGGGAGAAAGUACAUAGCGUUAUACAGGAAUUGCUGGGUAAGCCUUUACAAUGCAACAGCGUUCAGAGGCUAGUGGACGUGUAGUUCCGGUUAUAUGGCUGCUGGCUUUGUC